UUCCUUUUCUCCACUGUUGACUUCCGGGAACAUGGCGGAGACCGGAACGGCGGACGAGCCCUCCCCGAGCGCGAGGAGACAGUGACGGCAGGCCGGGUUACCGCUCCACACCCUUGCCCUGGUCCGGCUCGGGCAGCAGCGGCCAGUUCACUUACACACUGUGGUCAGACCGCAUCUGUCCCCCGGGCAGCAGUAUACACCCGAGCCCCUGAGCGGCUGUGAGGAUAGCAGCAGCAGCAGCAGCAUAGCUGCGGGGAGGCCAUGUUAUUUGAUUGUAUGCGGACAGCAGCAGCAGCCCUGAUCCGCUCUCUGUUCAUUCUGCCUCCAGUCUAUAAGCUUUAACCCCAGAUUCCAGUGUUUGACGAUGCUUCGGGCAGAUCCUGAUCAGUGUGUCUGAACCAAGGGGCGGUGUGUCAGCCCGCCGUGCAGCGAGCUAACCGAACCAGCUAAUGACCCUAAGCGAGUGCUUAGCUCCUGGUGGUGGGCCUUCUGUCCGGAACCCCCUGUCGCUGCGUGUGAGAUGACAGCGCUAUCAGAGCCGUCGUGCUCUAAAUGUCUGUAACGUGCUGCUGUUAAUCUGCAGCUCAGUGUCACUCAGUUUGUUGGUAAAACCAGCAGUGCUCCAAUGCGCACUGGAGCUACGGAGUUGCCCGCGUUUCUCCAAUGUCUCCAGUGUUCCUUUCCGCUUAUUUUAAACUCCCUCGGUGUUUGAAGUCGCUUCUUUAAGACAAACAUGUGUAUAGAUUUGAACUGCCCUCCUGGAUCAGCACAUAUACCAUGCUGGGGCUGCACUCCCGCCUUGUCCUCUUAAAUUGUGGGAGAUUUGCCUUGCCUCCCCAGCCUUCCUGCCUCCUGGCCUGUGGUGCUCUUGCCAGUAUGUACGCCACACGUCUGUACGGUGGUGGAGGGGGCAAGCCAGCACGACGUGUCGGGUUGACGGGGGGAGGGCAACCAAUGCUGGAGAAUCACCACCAUACUCUCCCUCCUCAUCAUCACCCCCAUGUCCCCCCACCACAAAGCUACCCACCUCUCUACCAGGGUCGUCUUGAUGCCCACCGUCCCCACUACCAGGCCCACCAACAUUAUCAUGCACAUCCUCAGCCCCCUCACCUGCCUCCUCCUCACUACCAGCCCCAUGCCCACCUUCACCACAGUAAGAAGAAAACCUGGAAUUUCAUCCAUGAGAAAAUGAGUUAUGACACAUUUUUCACCAUGAAGCGGCUAAUCGAUCGCUCACGCAGUGUGGACGAGGUUCUUCGCUGGGUCACUCAAAACCCUGGCAAAAUCUCACACAAUCACUAUCCUGUCGCCCUUCAGAAGAUUGGCCAGCUCCUGGUGCUUCAGCAAACUGCAGGGGUUGGUGCCAGUGAAGGGGAAAAUGGGGGAUCUGUUAAUAGUGGGGCGUCCGGAGAAGGACCCCUACCCUCACCCCCUGCCGGAAGUUUGGGUGAUGGUGCUACUCGACAGAUUUUGGAUCACCUGGACUUCCAAACGCUGUGUGAUGCAAUUGUCAGUGACUGCUCCAAGUUCGACAACUUCAGCAUUGUCAACUGCCUUUAUGCUGUGGCUUCUCUCGGCUUACCCAGUGACUCUCAGAUAGUGCAGGUGCUGGAGGAGGAGUCACAGGGCCGUCUGUCACAGUUCAACCAGAAAGACAUCUCUAUGGUGUUUAGCAGCAGCAUGAAGCUGCACCUGUCCAGCCAGCACCCACUCAUCGAGUCCUGUCUGGCAGGCCUGGAGAAGAACAUUGAGCGUGAGCGACACCCACAGACGCUCUUUCUCCUCCUCUCUUACUAUCGCACCAAGUGGCGAGCACUGCAGGCAGGGGAAGGCGCCACUGCUGAGCAGCUCGUGGUCAAUCGCAAGAUCCUCCGGCUGGUGAAGCACACACUAGCCAGUGUCAGUUGUGUCAGGGACCAUGAGAUGGCCCUGCUGGAUGAGAUGCUGGCAGCAUGCGCCAGCGAGGCCAGCAACAAGAGCCUGGAGCUCAUUUUCAGCUCCCAUCUCUUCUACCAGAACAGGCAGGAGAAGUUCAUCGGCAGCCUUGCUGAGGAGCUGCCUAAAAAGGUUGACAGCAUCACCCCUUACACCAUGGCGCUUAUUGCCAAGUAUAUUGCACGGCAUCGCCUCAGAGAAACCUGCCUGCUGGACACUAUCGCUGAGUUCCUGGUCAAAAAGGGCGAAUACCUUGAUAGCAAAGUUAUUCAGAAACUUGUGUUCCCCUUCAGUCGUAUGAGUUACCGGCCGCCUAACGAAGCUCAGUUUUUCUCCAAGUUGGAAAUGGUGCUGGAGCUGAAGGCUUUAAGCUCACCACUGGCCACCGUCAACAUCCUCAUGUCCCUCUUCCAGCUGGGACACUUUCCAAGCCUGGUCCUCCACCGCGUCUUCUCACCAACUUUUAUCAGCAACGUCACCAACAGCCCAUACGCUCUGAUUGUGCGGCGAUACCUGUCACUGCUGGAUGCUGCAGUGGAGCUGGAGCACAGGGAGUACACGGGCCCCCGCCUGCAGGACUCCCACAAAGUACUCAUGUUCGAACAUGCUCUCACUGCAGAUGAGGUCAACCGAAAAUACAGUUACAAAGGGCUGGUUGCAGAGGCACUCCGGCAGUUGGUUGGAGAGCAUGGAUACAAACAGGAUGAAGUUCUGGCUCCAGGAUAUUGCACAGAUUUUCUGCUGUGGAUAGACCACUCAGGCUGUGUUCUUCCUAUCAGAGCCGGGUCGGCAGCGGCCUCAUUGAGGAUGGAUUCUACUCCUUGUGCAGUCGUAAACCCCAAAUCACAGGACGGCUCAAACUCUAUCACUGCCCUCACCUCCGACUUCCAGAAGUUCUCUCCCUUCUCACCUGCACUGGAGGAGGGGUCUGACAAACAGCCCAGCGAAGAUUCUGUUUUCUUACCCCCACAUAUGCGGUCCCCGGCACGUACUGGCCAGAGAGCAGGCACCAAUGGGUCAGUUCCGCUGGACUACAACACUUAUUACUCCACCUCAGAUUACUAUGCCACACUGGCCAAGGAGCACUCUCUGGAGAGUCAGGACAGCUCCACCCUUAGCAGCCCAUCAGACUGCUUGGCUCAGGCAGGCUCUAUCAUGCCCAGCACUGCUGCUCCACAAGAUUCCCUAUUCCAGUUCUCUAUUGGAAAGAUCCUGGAGGACGAAGGGGGCUCGUCCAUCCCGACAGGGGCCAAUCCUGUACCAGACUGCGAGAUUGUGCCAUUUUAUGAGGGGGUAUAUGAGGGAGAGGAGAAUGAUGUAGUGACUGCUACCCCACUCCAGCUGCUUUCUGCAGACCCGCCUGAGACAGAACGGUCUAUUGGGGAGCAUGUUAAGAGGGUAAUUAUGUCUGUAAAUGAUAAGUGGCACUACUGCCACAACUCUGACGUGUUAGUGGGCUCCAGGGCCAUGAGAGACCGCCACCUGCAGCUGCUUGGUUACAUAAUUCUACAGUUGCCAUAUCUGGAGUUAGAGAAGCUGAAUGGAAUCGAAGAAGUGAAGCAGUAUCUACACAAGAAGCUGCUGGAGGUUCCAUUAUGACAGUGAAAAAGCAGAUUGGUGUGUGUGCGUGUGUGUGUGUGUGCGUGCGUGCGUGCGUGCUUGUCUGUUUGUGUCUUUUCACACAGGAUGUGAAAAGUCCUAAUUUUUAGGACUGGUUGUGGUGAUACUAAGACUGGACUGAAAACUAAGACUGAAUGGAAGUGUCUUAGGUAUUGUUAGGUAAAGGGAUUGAUGACACCUCUGGGCAAAAUCUAAAACAACGUUUCUACAAACAGGAGAUGACACAAGUAUACAUUUAAUCUCAGAAAUUCUUACUGCUGCACUGUCACAUGACAAGAUUCUGCUGUCUGUUCUGGUGCUUAAUAGUACAUGAUGCUACUUUUAAAACUGAUGGCUCCCAAAUCUCCCAUGCUGUUUUUCAGUAGGCUUGGGUCAAUACAUUAUUAACUGGCAGGAGGAUCACAGUAUUAUGUGUGAAAAUAUAUGACUUGAAAUUGUUUUAGUACACAAUAGAAUAAAGGUAGAAACUGCAUUAUGCCAACCAACAAUAACAAUUGUCAAAAUAGCUGAAUAGGAAUAUCAUUGCAGCUGCUGUUGUGCUGGUGGUUGCAUCAAGAUUUUAUUUAAUAUAUUACUGUAUAUAUAUUUAUCUGUUGAGUGGAGCCUUGGUUCUCUUUGGAAAACUGGUUGUAUUUUGAAUUUUGAAAGUAGUGAUGAUCAUUUCUGAAUACCACAGUGACACCUGAACCAAAUGCCUUUUGCCCAUCCAGGUUACUGCUAGAAUCUCUGAAUACUGGUUUUAUAUUUUGUCCAGAUUGAGUGUUGCUUCAUCCUUUUGAUUUUGAUUCACUAAGAGGUGGGGUUUAGACACUCUGUUACUUGUUCAUGAUAAUUGCCCCACUGGUUAGAUCUCCAGAUCACCAGUUCGUGUUUUUAUCUCCCGUGUUGCUAAUCUGUCCCUCAUAAGUGUUUUAAACCAUCAAGGGGGCAGGUUGUGGACAGACACCACGAUCGCCUUGUUUAUGCUGCCCAGAUUAAAGGUGGACUUUUGUAAAGAAAAAUGUGUAGGUGUAGGCUGGACAGGAGUGACACUACAGAUGAGCACAUGUCCCUAAUUUGACCCUGCAUCCAUGAGGGGAAAAAGAGCCUAUUUUCACUAGAUCACACUGACUAUAUAUCCAAGGCAGAUGCUAAAUCUGAUGCUGAAUGUGAACUGAGCAUUAACAUGUGAUGUUUUAUAAGCUAAAACUCUGGAAGCAUGAAACAGUGAUACAGGUGUGAAAAGGAACCAGAGAGGAUCAUGAUGAAUGUAUAAAGGAGUUAUAAAAAAGGAUUAAAUCUAUAGUUUUAUUUUCUCAGAAUGAUCUAUGUUAAAAGAAGGCAAAGCAGCACACUCAGUAGACUACAGUGGAUAAUCAGUUCUUUUCAAAGUAAUAAUAUGUCCCCUGUUAAUUGUUGUGUUGUCAGAUUGUUGUUUAUCUUCGUGUCCAAGAUUUUAAUAAUGUGUUUGAAAGAACAGACUUUUUCCUCCUCCUCCCUCCUUAAGACAGGUACUUUCUGUAUCAGUCAUUUGCCUUAGUGGGGAAAGCCAUGCAAAGUGGGUUAAAGGUCAAAGUAGUCAAACUCUCAUCAUGAAAAAUGGAUUGUGUGUUUUUUUGUUUGGUGCACUUUUUGUCAAAGUUUUUGGAUGCGCAGUACUAUGGAAACCUUAUUUUGUGUGAUCUUGUUCUCAUUGUGGCACUGUCACUCUGUGUGUUUGCUUUGCUCUUUUUUCGAAGAGAAAUUAUUUAUUAUGGCAAGUGUUCCUUUGAAUGUAAGAGGACUUGGUAAGUGGAUGUGUGGGCAAUAGGUGGGAAAACCUCUGUUUAUAUUUACAUAUUAAAAUGUCUAUAUUAAAUGAUUAUAACAAUUUAAAAACAA